AGAUCAACCGACUUCCGGCCAGGCCGUUGUCUGGGUGGCGCGGUCGAGUCAUCGUUGGGCCUCGCCGCUUCGAUCUCCUAUCCCUUCCCCCCCACCCCCCGCCCCAGCGCGGGGGGUCGACCAGUCAAGUGGCGCGGGAGGCGUCUCGGAUCUUCCCCUUCAUUUCGCUGUGGCCAGCUCCCUGGCUCCCCGCGCUGGGGGUCUGGGGUCCUUGGGGGCCCGCGAGGCCCGGUCUGAGGGGCCGGGGCCUACGUGGGCCCGCCGCUGGGCCCCAUGAGGCAUAGCCUGACCAAACUGCUGGCGGCCUCAGGCAGCGACUCCCCAACCCGCAGCGAGAGUCCGGCGCCGGCCGCGACCUGCUUGCUGCCCCCGGACCUGACCCGGGCGGCGGCGGCUGCAGCGGCGGCGGCGGAGGAGGAAGAGACGGCGGCGGCCGGAUCUCCCGGCCGCAAGCAGCCGCGCGGCGACGAGGGCGAGUUGGAGGCCGGGAGGGGGGGCCGCGGCGGCGUGGCCGUGCGCGCGCCCUCGCCCGAGGAGAUGGAGGAGGAGGCGAUCGCCAGCGUCCCCGGGGAGGAGACGGAGGACAUGGACUUUCUGUCCGGGCUGGAACUGGCAGAUCUUUUGGACCCCCGGCAACCGGACUGGCACCUGGAGCCCGGACUCAGCUCGCCCGGGCCUCUCUCGUCGUCCGGCGGAGGCUCGGAUAGCGGCGGCCUGUGGAGAGGGGACGACGACGACGAGGCCGCGGCUGCCGAGAUGCAGCGCUUUUCUGACCUGCUGCAGAGGCUCUUAAACGGCAUCGGAGGCUGCAGCAGCGGCAGUGACAGUGGCAGCGGCGAAAAGAGGCGGAGAAAGUCCCCAGGAGGAGGCGCGGGCAGCAGCGGCAACGACAACAACCAGGCGGCGACAAAGAGUCCCCGGAAGGCGGCGGCGGCUGCUGCCCGUCUCAAUCGGCUGAAGAAGAAGGAGUACGUGAUGGGGCUGGAAAGUCGAGUCCGGGGUCUGGCAGCCGAGAACCAGGAGCUGCGGGCCGAGAAUCGGGAGCUGGGCAAGCGCGUGCAGGCACUGCAGGAGGAGAGUCGAUACCUACGGGCCGUCUUAGCCAACGAGACCGGACUGGCUCGCUUGCUGAGCCGGCUGAGCGGCGUGGGACUGCGGCUGACCACCUCGCUCUUCAGAGACUCGCCCGCCGGUGACCAUGACUACGCUCUGCCCGUGGGAAAGCAACAGCAGGACCUACUGGAAGAGGACGACUCGGCGGGAGGAGUGUGUCUUCAUGUGGACAAGGAUAAGGUGUCGGUGGAGUUCUGCUCGGCGUGCGCCCGGAAGGCGUCGUCUUCUCUUAAAAUUUUCUUUUUUAGGUGAUUUCCUUCCUGCCAGGCUCCGUUGUAGGGGUUACAGAACAGUCGUUCCCGCCUCACAACCUGACUUGCGUGUACCUAGCUCUUCUGUCCCCAGUGUGGACAUGGCCUUGGAUGACAUCGGUUCCAACUGUACACUGAAAGCUGCUAAUAGAGAUACAGUUUGGAGACAGUGAAACAGGUGAAGUUGAAUGGAAGUUCCGAGUUGUACAAGGUGCAAAUUGGAAUUCCAAUGUUAGAGCAACUUUUUAGAGGCUGACAAUAAGUAUUUGGGGCUUGCACAAAUGUGAUAGUUAUUUUGCUGGAGAUGACAGAAAUGUCUUAAAUAUUUGGGAAUGCCAUUUAGUUUUCAGAAGGAGAUGUAGAAAUACAAAGUAUUCAGAGUAAAAGAUUUUAAUAUCUCACCAUUAGAGAGGUUGGAAAUUAACAUGCAUAUCUGUGUUAUUGAAGGAGGAGUAAUAAUGGUUAAUGAAAUGUUUCUUUGAGGACCAGCACAGUGAUUACCUUAUCACUGAGUAUAAAUAAAUUGUUAAACAUUUUUACUUUUGUUGUAUUAAAAUUUUAGGUUAAAUUUAUGUAUGAUUAGAUAUUGAAGGUUGUGAAAUGUGAAUGAAAACGUGUAAAGUGAGGCUUCACAAAGAAUCUUACUCCUAAUUUCAAAGGUUUUUGUCCUAUUUAAAAAUAAUUUUUAAAGUUGAGUGGUUCUGGCUACUCAAGAACACGAUUGACACUUUUUCCAAAGAUGGGACAUAUUCUUCCCUUGAAGUACUGUAUUAUCCAUUGUCUGAUUGUAUAGAUUCAGUUACUGUGUCCUUCAGUGUAAGAGGCAUUAAGAAAUUCUUUGUGAAACAUCACUGUUUGAUAAAGUAUAUACAUAUUUAGCAUCCUUGUUUUUCUUUGUGCUAAAGUGGAUACAGCUGUUGGGGCAGAAGAGACGGGACCAGCUGCUGGCCACAUUUCCUGCUUUAUUUUAAAAGGUAGUAUAAGAAAUGAGGAAAAAGAGGUAAUAUCAGGGCUUCUGCUGUCUUUUAUUUUAAAAUGUUCAUAAUUAAAAAGUAUUUUCCAGCAGUCCAAAGAUGUAAGUUAUCUUACACAUAAAAUGUUUUGUUGUUAUUUGGUUAUAAAAAUGGAAUCCUUGUUCUUGCACAACUGUAAAUGUUUUGUUGCUAGAUAACACAAUUUGAGACCUAACUUGGUCUCUGGUUUCCAGUGCAUUACAGCAUAUUUUGUAAAAUCAUCUACUGCACUUGAGCAUGAAUGGGUAAUAGCCAAACUCACAACCUGGAGUGAUGAACCUGCUUAUACCUAAGUGCAGGAGCAAGCCCCUCACAAUGCAGCUGCAUGGAUUUUUAGUGCCUACUGAAUUAUAUAUAUAUAUAUAUAUAUAUAUAUACACACACACAAACCAAAAGUAGUUGGAAAAAUUAUUUGAAAUGACUAAUUUGUGCUAUCUCUAUGGAAUAUGUUAAAUGUAGCUUUUUGAAACAGAAGCCUUGAAUUGAAAUUUAAUUAAUACUUGAACAUUUUGUAUAUAUUUCUUUGUAUAUAAUUUUGUGCAGUACCAAUGACAAAAAUAUGGUGUCAUAAUAAAACCAGGUUUGUUGAUCUUUCAGUUAUGGGCUCAAAGAAUUUAUUCAUCUCUAACAUGACAUUGGAAAAUAAUGGAUGAAAAUAGGAAAAAUGAUUAUUGUUAAUGCUGACUUUGGGUCUUAAAAGGUUCUGGAAGCAGUAAGUGUGUUUUUCUAAAAUACCAUUCCCUUGGAAUAUUUUCUUCCUAAUGUCAUUGCUUGUCCUGCAUUAUUUGAAGUUUGGGGCUGGGGAGAAAUAGUAGUCAGAGCUUUCUGAAUUGGAAUGCUUUGAAAAUUCUAAGUGUAGAUUUUUAGAAUGUCAUUUUAUAAAUGGCAGUUUUUGGAAAUACUUGAGUAAGAACUUUUGAGAAUGGAGAUUAGUAUCACCUAUUUUUAAAGCUGCUUAUUUAGGUUACUUACGUUUUAACUGUCUUUUCUUAGUUUCCAUUUCAUUCUCCUUUUUUUUUUUUUUCCCUAAUUUUGGUGACUUAGUGAUUUUGUCAUUUUUUACAUCAACUUCAUGGUCUUGUUUUUACAUGGUAUUGCAUGUAUUUAGGACCUAACAGGGGCUUUAAAUAAAUUUGAUCAUAUUUAUGUGUAAGCACAUUUUACUGUAAAUGUUUGGGUUUCUGAAUUUACAACAGAUCUGUUUAUUUCAGUAUGUAGUAAACAAUAUCUUAAAGUGUCCGAUUCACUACUUGUUAAUUAAAAAAAGUUAUGAUUAAUAUGAAACUGUUGUCUUACUAUUUUUAGAAAAUUGUGUUCUGAAUGAUUAGUAGUUGGAUAAAGGAGAUUUCUGGAAUAUAAUAAGGAUUGUUUUGAAAUUUUAAGGUUUAGCUCUAUUUACUGUAGUGGUUGAAAACAACUUAGUAUUUGGGAAACUUUUUUUUCCCUAAUUGCCUCUAUGGCAAAAUGAUACAGAAUUAAAGAGGUAGUUUUUUUUUAAUAUUUGCCUUCUGAUGGUGACAGGAAUUCAUACAUUAAUUGAACUAACACAUCAUAUUGACCUCCUAUUUCUGUCAUAUUGACUUACUGUUUCUGCACUUUCUUGACCAGUCCUAACUAAAAAGUCCACAUUUGUUAAAAUGUCGUCACACCUCUGAUAUAAUCCGACAAAAAGUGUUCAAAAUAUUUUAAAUAUUUGUGCAUUUUGUAAUCACUAAAUUAAUCUCUCUCUCUUCUCUUUAAACAGCUUAGCAGUGUCUGCAAAAACGAAUCUUUUCCUACAACCUGUUAACUGACUGGACUGAUGGUAACAAAGUAAUUGUGGGAGCCAUGUCGGUCAAAAAUUUGGCAUCUGCUGAAAAAAAUGAAUGCCAUAUUCAAGUUCCCAAAUUACUUCUGUACUGAUUUCACUUUCCAGAUUUCACUUUCCAGAAAUGGAGAUAUGAAAAGAUUCUCUGGAAUCCUUGAAAGACUUAAUAGAAAUACAUGAGACUAAGUUAAUUUUGGAACAAAAUCAUACCCUUUUGUCUUUCAUGGGAGUGAUCAGUUCUUGCAUACCUUUUAAAAAUUGUAACCAUUGGAGAAGAGAAUUAUAGUAUUUCAUCAAGGAAUAAUAGAGUCUUUACACAAUCAAGAGCACAUUCUGUAGAAUUACAUUUAGUGGAGUAGAAUUACAUAAACAGGCCAUCAGGGAUCACAAAGCAUAUCAUGAGUUUGUAUUUAUUUCCUGGAAAUUGAGAGCUAAUCUGAAGUAUAGGCUGACCUUGCUGAGUAGAAUAUAAAAGUUAAUGUAAAGUCUUUAACUAUAAAGAGUAGUCUUUUUAAAUAGAUGCAUUGAUUUGUCUUGUGUAUCUGAAAAAAUUAUGAUUAAAUAUGUGAGUAGUUAAUUACAAUUCAGGGUAAUAGGAUGUUUGGAUUCUGAGGUUUUGGCUUCUUGAGUUUUCUCUGAGUACUUGACACUUUCUUGAAUAUUUUGAGGUUUCUAACGAAUGGUAUCGUAGUUUCUACUGUUAUAUAUUAAAAUUUCUCUAGUGUAACGUAAGGGCUUUAGUAAUCUGGAUGAUGGGAGUGUUUUUUUUUUUUUUUAUGCGGAAUGUGAUUGUUUUACUUAAUUGAAACAUUUUUCCAGUUUAUUACAAGUGUGAAAAAACACUCAAAACUCUGGAUUGUUUUAUUUCAUUUCAUUGGAUUAUGUUAAUACGUUAUUUAGCUCAGUCUGGUCUAGACUGAGUCAUUUUAUCUUACUGACUCAUUGGGAAGUGUGUAGAUAAGAGAGGUGGGAGGGGUAGGAGAAAGCCAGAAUGAGUUAUCAUAACUAUACAGUUUAGUUAUUGUAUGAUAUUAUACAGAAUUUAUUAAACCCACUGUUGCUUGUAAUCUAAGUAUAUUCAGUGCCUGUGUUGCCAGGCAACAUUGAGCAUGUGUAGUGGCUUAUACUCAACUGAUGGAUAUUCCUACAGUUCCAACAGUAUAACUGGUUGUAUUUCUACAACCAAAGAUUUGGCAUUAACACUAGUUGGUGAUGAUUAAUUACUCCUUUGAUAGAACAGAGUGGAUAACUCACUGAUAAUGAGUAAUUACCUUUAAAAAUACAUGAUUACCUAGUUCAGCAUUUUGAAGUUCUAGUUUAAGGUCUCACUAAUUUAGUCAGAGUUUUAAGUUAAAUAAUCUGAUGAUUCUUAAAAGUUGAGUAGGUACUGGAAUACUUUUAAGUGUUUACUUUUUCCCCCAGACUCUUAUUAAUACAAAGUGUUGAGACCCUCCCAAAUGUUUAUAUUUCUGUAUUUUACUGUGUACUUUUUUCUUCAGAAACCAGGUAGUUAACCCUCUAAGCUAGGGAUCAGAAAGGGGAGGGUCUUCCAUUAGAAACUUGUAGAAUGUUUUGUGUGGCCGGCAUAGUAUUUUUCAUAUAUUUGAACUUGAAUACCUCAAUCCUCUGUCUGGCAGUCACUCGUUGUCUUACAAUACCAGAUAGCUCUCAGCUCUGAUCUGUUUGUAGUAAAAUGGUCAUUUACUUUCAGUUUUGAAAUGUAGAAAAAUUAAACGAGGUGAUUUAAAUUUUAUUCAGAAAGUCACCAUCUUUAGGAAUAUAAAUCAUGCAGUAUCAGGGAAAAAUUGAUUUUUAAAAAAAUAUAUAGGUUGGUUAAUAGAAUGUUGUUGCUCAUGAACUUGCCUUUUUCAUUACUUUGGUUACUGAUAAUAGUGUUUUUAUUCCUUUUUUACCUUCCUCAAUUUGUACAUUCAAGAUUUCUUAAUUAGAGCCAUUUCCCCCAAUUUUUAAAAAGAAACCAGUUUACAAUCGACUUUAAUAAUUUUUAUAGUUUUGUUGACCCCAGAUUAUUUUUUGCUGAAAAUUAUUUUGCUUAAUUUUCAAUCUGAUUUAAAAAUGUAGUCACUAAUGGUAUUUUGAAAAAUUGCGUCGUUGGGAUAAUAUGCAGUUUGAUUUUUAUUGGUGGCCCAACUUUUCUUUACACUGUGCCUCCAAAUGCUAUAUCUUUGGACACCCACUGCAGUCAGUUUCCUAGACCGUCUGGCUUUUAAUGUGCUAUGGUUUGGGGUUUACAAUGUAAUAUGAGCCUUCUCUCUUUCAUAAAGCCAGAUAACUACACCAAGUAAGUUGUAAAAGACAGACUUAAAUAGUUGGUUUACUAUGACUGAACUGAACUAUUAAAAGCUCUCUAAGGGUAGUGUUCUUAAGGUCUUAGCUACAAAUGACUAUUUCCCUAAAUUGUAAGGAAGACCACAGCAAGUUUACAUGUCAUUUACCUGCCCCCAUCCAAGUUUUGGUAAAGUAGAUUUGUAGCAACAGAUGUAAAAUAACAUUGUCUCUUGCUUAUAUUGUCCAUUUUUACUAAUUGGAAAGAUGAUCUAAAAAUAUAUAUGGUAGAGGACGGAGAUGUUAGGAAGUAAUUCUUUUUGGUUACAGACACCAUUGUAAACUCUUGUAUGGAUUUAUAGAUGGUAUUAUGGUAGAAGUGUUUCAGCACAAGAAAACAAUUUGUACUGAGAUACCAGUUUAGUUGUCAGAGGCUUUUGAAUUAUCCAGGUUGAUUGCGCCAUUCUUUUUCUUUAAGGAGUCUAAUUUAGUAAUAUGGAUUUCUUAUUUUUGAAGUCAGGAGUUUUAAUUUUUGCUGUGAUGAGUAGAACUCUCCUUUAAAUAAAAAUGACAGAAUGUAAAGUAUAUAAUUUUGGGUCAGAGAGCUUUAAAUUUUUUUCUUAAUGUUUAUUCAUUUUUUGAGGGAGAGACAGAGCAUGAGUGGGGGAGGAGCAGAGAAAGAGGGAAACACAGAAUCUGAAGCAGGUUCCAGGCUCUGAGCUGUCAGCACAGAGCCUGAUGCGGGCUUCAAACCCAUGAACCAUGAGAUUAUGACCUAAGCUGAAGUUGGAUGCCUAACGAACUGAGCCACCCAGGCACCCAAGGGUCAGAGAGCUUUAAGUAAAGCAUAUUCAUUAUAGAAAACUGAGAAAAUACAGAAAGGAACCAAAAACAAAAAGAAAAAUCACCACUAAUUCUCUAACCCAGAGAAUAUUCAUAGUAAAAUAUAGAUUUCUUUUGCUUUGUAAUUGGGAUCGUUCUAUAUAUAAAUUUGUUAGGGAAUACAUUUUAAGGUACUUGUUGAACAUCAUCUUUCUGAAAUAUUUAAAAUGAAUUUUGAAUUUUGUUAAUUUUGUUUGAAUUUAAAAAUAUUUAGCUGUACUGCUUUCUUCUUUGAGGAGACCCUGAAAGCCUAUUUCACUCAUGAGGCUGCAUUUUCUAGGUAACAAGCUAAAUUAAAUUCUCCUUUCAUGUAAUUAAGUAGCAUAAGAUUAUAUAACAGAUACAUCACUACAUUUGAAAGGAAUAAAUAAGAUGUUUGUGAAUAUGUUGUAGGAGGACACUUUAUUUGGUAAGAUUGGCUUGUUUCAUAAGGGAGUGUUAGUCUAGAUCCACACCGUUCAGUACUGUAGCCAUUACUCACAUGUGGCUAAAAACUUUAAUUAAAGGUAAAAAUGCAGUUUUCCAGUUGCACUAGUUACAUCUCAGCCACAUAAGGAUAGUAGCUAGUUACCAUGGUGAUUUAGAUGCUUUCACUUAAGAAAAUAAAGAAAUGAGAUGAAAAGUUUUAGGAAGAGGAAUGUAAUACGUCACUUAGAAAAUUUAAAUGAUCUGUCUUAGGAAAUGAGGAAUAUUAGAUGAGGCUACUUCAGAAAACAAAACCGGGAGCAAUAGGAAGAGUGUUCUAUUUAAGUGCUACUAUUUAUGUCAGGUGGUGGGUUAGUCAACUUCCAUAUAUUAUAUAAUACCAAUCUUGAGUGAGGUUACUGUUGAAGAAACUGAGGACCAGAGAGGUUAAGUUGCUCAAUUUACACCACACAGCUAAAAAAAAAAAAAAAAAAAAAAGUCUGGGUAUGUGACCCCAAAGGGUUAUCCCAUA